GAGUUUUCUUUACCGUCAGCAGGUCCCUUCUGGUGUGUGCCAUCGCCGUGGAAAUGUUCUUAUCUGCUCUUUCAAUCUACGUUACCGCCAAAAUCGUCGGGAUCAUCGUUCUUGGCAUUCGCCUCGCCUAUGCGAAAGUGAGACGGAAUGUUGAGCUCCUAGGUGAUCCAAUCGACAAGUACACUUUCAAUCCGCUGCUCCAGUUCUGGGAACAGGUAGUCGAAAGUUGCGUUUACUGCAUUUGGGCUUUCGCGUGGCCUUACCCCGAGCACGAACCGUUGAUUGUUUAUCAAUGCAUGUUACCAAUGGUUGUUAUCUGUCAAAUUCUUGGACUGAUGUGGAUUUGGGUCGUAAAGCGGUAUCACGUGGACCUCUUGCGAGACCCAGUGAAGGUAUUCCAGAUUACUCAAAACAGGUUGGGUGAAAGCCCGGAAAACAGUUCUGAGAUCUAAACACCAUGCUUUAAUUAAUUUCAAAAAGUUAAUAAACAGUUAUCCUAUUUUUUUCAAAUGUAGGACUUUGCAUUAAAUAUUAGUUUUAGGUAAAUUGAUUUCAGAUUA